UUGGGUUACUGUUCACGCUCAGAUUUGGUUCAGUUGUCGUAGAACAGAAGAGUAGAUGUCCGAACGGACCAAAACCUUCCCUUGAUUUGUUCCACACAAGCUCGCCUAUGCCCACCGAAGAUUCUCUCUCACUCGAACAUGGCUUCCUCCUGUUCAUUUGGAAGCCAACUGCUGCCACGCUCGCUCUCCCAUAGAACCCCUGCUGCCGCAACCUACGCGCCUUCAUCUCUCGGCAUCGCGCGAUUUCGGCUUCAAAUUUACCCUCGCUUUCGACCGCUACCCGCAUUCUCUUCGUGUUUCGAGCGAUGGCAACGGUCCGGUGUGAUCGUGAGGGCGGAGGAGGAAGCCAGGGAUUCUUCCCAUCCUCAGAGGGGAAGAGCUGCUGGUGGCAGCGACGGCAUUGGAGAGUACAAGGAGCUGAUGGAUAGAUCUGGAGUAUGUGAUCCCCUUUGUUCAGUUGAUGAAGUAAGCUCACAGGAUUUCAAAGCUAAUUACCAGCCCAAGACUGAUCUACUAAAAGCUCUUACUAUUCUUAUAUCGGCACUGGCAGGGGCUACUGCUAUUAAUCAUUCCUGGGUAGCUGAAAAUCAGGAUGCUGCCAUGGCUUUGGUGUUUGUGCUAGGCUAUGCAGGCAUAAUUUUUGAAGAAUCUUUAGCAUUCAACAAAAGCGGAGUAGGAUUGUUGAUGGCUGUUUGUUUGUGGGUUAUCAGAAGUAUUGGGGCUCCUUCAACAGAUAUUGCAGUUACUGAAUUAACAAGAGCAUCUGCUGAAGUGGGUGAAAUAGUAUUUUUCUUGCUUGGUGCAAUGACUAUAGUGGAAAUUAUUGAUGCACACCAAGGAUUUAAGCUGGUUACUGACAACAUUACAACAAGAAAACCUCGAGUCUUACUUUGGGUGGUAGGUUUUGUUACUUUCUUCCUUAGUUCAGUCCUUGACAAUUUAACCUCAACAAUUGUUAUGGUCUCUCUUUUGCGGAAACUAGUUCCUCCAUCGGAAUAUAGAAGAAUUUUAGGAGCUGUUGUUGUGAUAGCAGCAAAUGCUGGAGGUGCCUGGACACCGAUUGGUGAUGUAACAACAACCAUGUUAUGGAUUCAUGGGCAAAUAUCCACUUUAGCAACAAUGAAGGGCUUGUUUAUUCCAUCUGCCGUUUCAUUAGCGGUGCCAUUAGCGCUGAUGUCCCUUACAACUGAAGUCAAUGGGGCAACUGGGCAAUCUUCUACCGUUUUAGCGUCAGAAAAAAUGGCCCCAAGAGGACAACUUGUUUUUGCCGUUGGGUUUGGGGCUUUACUGUUUGUCCCUGUGUUCAAAGCCAUAACCGGGCUUCCACCUUACAUGGGUAUUCUUUUUGGACUGGGAGUCCUAUGGAUCUUAACUGAUGCAAUUCACUAUGGGGAUGAAGAAAGACAGAAGCUGAAGGUGCCACAAGCUUUAUCACGUAUUGAUACACAAGGAGUUCUCUUUUUCCUGGGAAUACUAUUGUCUGUGAGCAGCUUGGAAGCUGCUGGAAUACUGAGGGAGCUGGCAAACUAUCUUGAUGCACAUAUACCAAAUGCCCAGCUGAUUGCAAGUGCAAUAGGAGUAGUUUCAGCUAUUAUUGACAAUGUUCCACUUGUCGCCGCAACAAUGGGAAUGUACGACCUUACUUCUUUUCCUCAAGAUGCUGAUUUUUGGCAGCUCAUUGCUUUUUGUGCUGGUACCGGAGGUUCAAUGCUCAUCAUUGGAUCUGCUGCUGGAGUUGCAUUCAUGGGAAUGGAGAAGGCUGAUUUCUUUUGGUAUCUUCGCAAGGUAAGCGGCUUUGCUUUUGCCGGUUAUGCUGCAGGAAUUGCAGCAUAUUUGGCUGGUCAAAACCUACACUUCUCUCUACCAACUUCCUUAGCUGAGAUCCCUUUACUCUCAGGAUCAUAAGUACAGGCAUUCAGUUUCUGUUCUAUCCAUGAGGUAAAUUACUCUAUUCCGGCACCAUUCCUUAUUAGUUAAAACUAAUAAAGGGCUGAGGGUGACAAUCAUGUUUAUUAUUAUCAUGCUGGAAUUUUUUGUCAAAAGUUAAGGACUUUCUGAUUUGACUUUUUUUUUUAUUAUUUUAUCCUUAUUAUGAAAUUCAUUAAUGUUAGAAAGUAAAAUUUUAGGAUUGUGUGUAAAA